AUAAUUCUCCGCUUCUACUUCGGAUACUCUGUUCGAAGAAUAAAAGGCUUCCAAAAGGACGUGCAAGUGUUGCUAAUGAUGAACGUACAAACAAGACACCCUUACGAAGGUCUGUUGCACAAGUAUACUAAUGCUAUGAAAGGCUGGCAAUAUCGUUGGUUUAUCUUGAGUCCCGAGACUGGUGAGUUGCAUUACUUUCUCAGCGAGUCUGAGAAAAAUCAGAGACCCCGGUGUUCAAUAUAUCUGGCGGGGGCAGUGAUAGCUCCCAGCGACGAAGAUUCAAACACAUUUACAGUCAACUCCGCUACAGGUGACAUGAUCAAGCUGAGAGCCACAGAUGCACGAGCUCGUCAGGAAUGGGUGGACAAGUUACGAGCUGUUACAGAAAUGUAUACUAGGGCCAUAGCUAGUAGUCAUCCUCCAUUACCCCCUCGAGAACAUUCUGGGAAUUCGAGUAGAAACCCCGUCGUUAAGUUGGAAGUGUUAGAUGCCUUCGCCAACUGCCAGGAACAAUUGAGGAAAGUUGAGAAACAUAAUCUUGCUUUAGCGCAGUCUAUUGAGAAUUCAGAUCUGCACCUGGAUCCUGAUCUUUUGGUUCUCAAAGCUACAGCGCACACAACUCUGCAUACACUGAACCAGUGUCUUAAUAUUUUGUAUCAGUAACUACUUGGUAACUAGUUUGAUUCUGUAUAAUUUUACAUAUAUGUGAAUAUGUAUGAUUGCUCGCUGCAAUAUUCAUAUAUUUUAUUUUAAGCAAUUGUCAACUUAUUCAUAACUAGAGGGUUGGCUUCAGAUAUUAUCUAGGU